UCCGCUCAAGUACAGUGGGUGGCCACCUGUCCUUUCACACUCCAUUGGUACUUCCGCUGUAAGUCUACGAGGACGUCGUCAACACUUCUGCGGAGCAGUCGAGAGGGACCAGCGAAAACGACUGUUCCUUGGUCAAACUCCACGGCAUGAUGAAGUCACAGGGUGUAUUGGUGGGGGUGUCUCUGCUAACUAGCGUAGCUCUGCUGGGACUGAUAAACGUGCGGCAGAAAGAAGAGAUGAAGGAGCAGAAACAUGUAUCGUUCGAGACGAUUAAACUGCGUGUGACCAGAGACGUACUGGGAGAAUACCAACACGAGGUGAUCAGAGCUCACAACCUGCUGGACAAGACCAAGGCUCAGGUGGAUACUCUGGGGUCAGAACUCCCCCCACUGCAGGCUGCAGAGGCCAAGAAGAAGAGUGAACUGGAGGCAUGCCAGGGAGAAAAGAAACAUGUCGCUGAUGAGGUGGGGGCCAUUGAGGCAGAGAACAGUAACUCUAAAACUGAGUUUGAGAAGCAAAAGGCUGCCUGGGAAGCAGAGAUGACGUCUCUCAAACAGCAGGUGGUGCAGCGCAGCAAAGUGUGUGUCUUUGUGAAGAAGGACUCUGUAGAGGGAAGGAAACUGUGUGGAGAUGAACCGCCUAAACAAGAGGCCGCUCCAAAACCAGAUGCCCCCAAACCAGAAGAAUCCAAACCAGAUGCUCCCAAACCUGAUUCUCCUAAAGAAGCCUCCAAACCAGACGAACCCAAACCUGAUUCUCCUAAAGAAGCCCCUAAACAAGAGGCUGCCCCCAAACCAGAAGAACCCAAACCUGAUUCUCCUAAAGAAGCCCCUAAACAAGAGGCUGCCCCCAAACCAGAAGAACCCAAACCUGAUUCUCCUAAAGAAGCCCCUAAACAAGAGGCUGCCCCCAAACCAGAAGAACCCAAACCUGAUUCUCCUAAAGAAGCCCCUAAACAAGAGGCUGCCCCCAAACCAGAAGAACCCAAACCUGAGGCCCCAAAGAUGAGAUGAGCAGAGCUGGGGAUGGACGAAGAGAACGGGAAGAGCCACGUGGAAUCAAAGAAAAGACAUAAGGAAGGCAGAUGAAAAAUGGAGACCUUCUGCAGGACAUUUCUCUGUUCCUUUUUAAACUUGUUAGAACUUGUCCUUCAUGCUACUUUAGAGUGUCUAUUAACUACCAUCUAACAUGAGUGGAUAUUGAAUAUUUUUGUUAACCUUGUCCAUUCCUCUCUCUCAGUAUGACCCUCCCUCAGGGGGUGUUUGUGUGUGUGAUUUGAACAAAUGUGUAUGUGUCACCAGUAUCGACCAAUCGGAAAGUCCAGAGCCUCUCUCUGUCACUCCUCAUCAUCCUCACUCUGUUACCCCCGGUGACGGUAUUUUGCAGUGGUGGCGACCAUAGCAUUGACCAAUCAAAAGUCCUGGAUUAAACUAAUGGUAUUUCUGUUUGUCUGAUUCUGAUGUAAUAAAGCUUAACCCUAAAGGAAA